AUCAGAGCGGAAAUGAUAUCCGUUCGGUUAACACGCUUAUGUUUGAGGACAACAAUGACUGAAAAACUACCCUAAAACAGGAUUAAUUGUAUAUAUUUCGAUUUGUCCAUUGGAAUGGCGAUUCCAUUUUCCAUAUGGAUUACUUAGGGCCUGUUAUUGUGUGUAUUUAUUUCAUUUCGGAUUAGAUUUUAUUCACUUUCACUAUCGAUUUGCCUUGUUGUGAUCGGAAGUGCUUUAUUUUCAAUAUUCAAAUACAGGAAUAUUAUAUGUAACAAAAGGAAUAUGUCCACAAUGAGUCAACAGCAAAUGGAGGGAGGCAUGGAUAAAGAUUGUAGUGCUCUAGGAAUGUUUUUUCAGACAAUUAUAAAUGAUAUGAGGGGUAGUUCAGUUAUAUGGGAAGAUUUUACAAGUAAAGCAGCCAAACUUCAUUCCUCUCUUAAAGCUACACUUGGAGCAAUAGGAGGAUUUUUAGAUGCCUUCCAGAAAGUGGCCGACAUGGCCACUGGGUCUAGAGGAGCCACAAAAGAGAUUGGAUCAGCCCUUACAAGGUUAUGUAUGAGGCAUAAAAGUAUCGAGACUAAAUUGAAGACAUUAACAAGUUCCAUCGUAGAUAAUCUAGUAACACCUCUUCAAGAAAAGAGUGAAGAUUGGAAGAAAACAGUUGCUCAGUUAGACAAAGAACAUGCCAAAGAAUACAAGAAAGCGCGUCAAGAAAUCAAGAAAUGUGCUACAGACACCAUGAGAUUACAGAAGAAAGUCAAGAAAGGUAAAUCAGACAUGCAAACAAAGUUAGAUCAUGCUAUGAAAGAUGUGACAGAUAAGUACAUGAUGUUAGAGGAAGCAGAGAAGUCGGCUGUAAGGACAGCACUGAUUGAGGAAAGAUCCAGAUUCUGUUUGUUUAUCAGUUGUCUUAGACCUUUUGUUGAACAUGAGAUUAGCUUACUAACAGAAAUCACCCAUUUACAAGAUAUAACCCACAGUUUGUGUUUGAUGGCAGGUGAACCUAACACACUACCAUCGUCCAGUGAACAGUUUAUUAUGGAUAUAAAAGGCUCAGAUAGCUCCACUUUCUUCAACAACCUUGGUGGGCCAAGCCCUCCAAGCUCACCAAGUUCCAUCGGUUCAAGAAAGUCCAGUAUGUGCAGUAUCAGUAGUAUAAAUAGUUCAUCUAGUGGUUCAGUACAGUCGCACUCACCCAGUCAUCAUACCAGGAACCGUAACUCUUUACAGCAAUUUCCCAUGGGUACAAUACGCUUACAAAGUGUUUCAUCACAGGACUCGGGAUUCACUUCUCAAGAUACAUUGUUUCAGCGACCAGUCACCCCAUCGUCACUUAAUAUUAGACAGAAGGAUGGUGACAGUGCUAGUAUAGGUGGUCAUUCAGAUACUGCAGAUUCUUCAUCGUCAACACCCUCUGAUAAUACACCAUCAGCUAGUUCUACCUGGACAAACUGGCCGAAUCAACCAAUUACCACAAAGCCUGACACCAACAUAAGACCACACACGAUUUCCUCAGCAUAUGAGAAAAAUCACACCAGGCCUGCUUUGUCUGCUCAGUUGUUUGAACCUCCACUACAGGAGAGUGCCGAAGACGAAGAAGUUCAGAUGAGACAUCCACAUAAGAAGAAGACACAUAGUAUAGCAGAAUCACCAUAUACACGCCCCCCUUCAGCUUCAAUUAACAAAAUGCAACCCGUACUUCCUCCGCUGGCACCAAAACCAAAAGUUAAAGCAGUACCACCUCCAAAAAUCCCAUUAUCAGAUGCUGAGCAGCCAGCUUAUGUGAAUCUGACUGAUCUUGCCAACAUGGAGAAGGAUCGCCAAAGAGAACAGAGUACAGACAGUGACAGAACACCAACAGAUAAAAGUCCCCCUGACACAGCUCCUAUACAGUCCGGGUACCCCAUGGACUUGGAGGAAGCUAUCAAAGAUCUUGAUACAUGUACUGCCGCAUUACAUACAGAAUUUGAAACUGUUGAAUUGAGGAAAGGGAUGAAGAGAAAGCAGAAUUCAAUGGAGCUGGCUAAAGCUAUCCAGGAACUAGAGGCUAGUACUGCAGCUUUAGCAUGUAAUUAUGAGACAUCUAGUAAUGCCAGUCAACACUCACUACAGUGCUCUAGUGGAUACGGUACCAUGAACAGUACUCCAUCAAGUUCUGAAGAUGCUAUUGCUACUGGGGACUUUACUCUCACUAGAAAUAAGACAGAUCAAGAAAAAUAUUAUACAAUUCCUAGAAAUUCAGAAAUAGGAAAUGUUUAUAAAGCUGUAUUACAAGCCAAACGACCCGCAUCUACAGCAGGUAUUCCAGUGUCUGGUGUGGGAUUAGGAAGGAGAAGUUCAAUGAAUCAACAGCAGAGUAAACCCCCACCUCCUGUAAGAAGGUCCUCCUCAAUUACCACUGCUAAUCCUGCAGUACUGCAGAAAUUACGUAAAACACCACCUCGUGAACAACCACCAAUUACUCAAUCUAUGAGUAGACCUGGUUCACAUCGUAGAAGUGGCAGUUCUGGAAGUCAAUCAGAGCCUGCUUAUGCUGAACUACAAGAGAUCCAGCAGAGCAUCCAAGCAAGACAAAGUCGUCAGGAACACCAAGAAAUUAUUUAUGCGUCAACAACUGCUGCUCAAAAUCCAUACAAUCAACACAAUUCACAAUAUGUGCCUAAUUCACAACCAAUAUAUGGGCAUGCUGUUCCUCCAGAUGCUCGUGCCAUGAUGCCACCACCAAGUGGACCACCCCCAAGUGGGCCACCAUAUUCUCAGACUGGUAUGCCACAUUAUAGCCAAAAUCUCCCUGCUGGUCAGGCUGAUAUGGUUAAGAAACUGAAUGCACGAUUCGCUGCAAUGAAUGCUUCAUUACAAGAAGAGGAACUACCCCCUCCCCCUGCAGACAUUAUGCCUGAUCCAGAUUUGCCUCCACCCCCAUCAGCAGAGGAACUUCAGGAAAUAGGAUGCACAUUUAGUCAAGCCCCACCCCCUGUAUAUUCUAAACCCCAAACAAACAAUAGCAGUGACAGUAUUCGUGCUUCUCUAGUGUCUGAACUCAAAUCAGGACCUCGAUUAAAACGUGUCAAUUCUAAAGAUGAGGGUUCAGAAUGCUAGUAUCCUGAGAACCUUAGAAGUAGAUUUGUGUUUUGUUGGGUUUUUUUAAUGUGUGACAGUAGCAGUUUUAAACUAUGUAUGAAAGGCAGUAUUUUAUUGAUAUAUAACUGGCUUGCUUGUAUAAACAGUUGCACCUUUUGAUAUUAUUGAACGCUUGUUUUAAUGAGGAUAAAUCCAAUUUUAACAUUAUGCUAUCUUCCUUAUAAUUGCUAUCAGUAUUUCUCAUACCUCAGGAUAAGUAUUUAUUUAGAUAUCAACAGCACACAUCAUUUCUGUCAAAUUGUUUUAUGUUAUUGCUUUUUUUUAUUCAGGCUACUUUUCAACAUUUUAUAGCAGCAUUUACUUUUUUUUUUA